AUGUACAUUCUUACGCUCCUGUUUGGUCUCUUCCAUCAAACCCUCACCUUCAAUAAAUUCAGUGUAGAUGCAUUGGCAGCUCAUUUCAGUGAGGUUCUCUCACCUGGGUCUCAAGUCUGGCUUCCCAGUAGCGCUAAUUACACUUCCGCAAUAACUCAAAGAUGGACAAUCUAUCCACCAGCCGAGCCUACAUAUAUUCUUGCUCUAAAGCCAGCGCUGCCUUCUGAUAUUCAAAGUAUUAUUAAAUUUGCAUCAAACCACAAUAUCCCUUUUAUGGCAACAGGAGGAGGUCAUGGAUACUCGACAACACUGCACAGUUGUAAGAAUGGAAUCGACAUCGAUUUAGGUUUCUUCCACGAUAUCAAAAUCGACAAAGAAGCAAGCACCAUCACAAUUGGAGGAUCUGUUAAAUUCGGGGAACUCAUACAACCAUUAUUUGAUGUUGGAAAAGAGAUUCAAACAGGAUUAGCAGAAUGCGUCGGUGUUGUUGGAGCAACACUGGGUGCGGGGCUAGGACCAUAUACUGGUCUUCACGGUCUUGUAAUUGAUGCUCUGCUAGAGGUAAAAUAUGUCACCGGAACCGGCAAGUUGAUCACAUCAUCUAAAACAGAGAAUCCUGAACUUUUCUGGGGAGCUAGAGGAGCUGGUCAUCAAUUUGGUGUUGUCUAUGAGGCCACAUACAGAAUACAUGAUGCCACCAAUAAUGGAGAGCUGGUAGUGGCGAGCAUGAGAUUUCAUUCCAGAGAUAAUACAUCUUUGUGGGAAAUUAUGAAGGAUAUUGGAAGUAAUCAGCCCAGAGAAAUGGCUUUGACUUUUCAAGUAAAUUGGAACGAUGAAUUUGGUGGCCUCAACAUCAACGUAAACGCAAAAUGGGUCGGACCAAUGGAAGAAGCCCUCAUUGCAUUUUCCCCCUUCUUAUCCCUCAACCCUAUUCAAAGAAGCAUAACUCAAAUUCCUUGGACCUCAAUUUACAGCUCACCUGUUCUCGGCAGCGGCGGCAGUUCUAGCUGUGAUCGCGGCACAAAGAGUAGUAACUGGGCCGUAAAUCUCUAUACCAUCUCUAUUCCAGCAUUGACUCGCACGCUCCAAAAAUUAGCAGACUUUUACUCCGCUUUCCCUUCAUCAAGAACGAGCGUUUGGUCAAUUGAAAAAUUCGCUAAUUCAGUAACUCUUUCAACAAAAGACGAUGAAACGGCAUAUCCGUGGAGGAAUACUACAAUCUAUACUUUUGUCGCUUUGCAAAUAAAUGACGAUUCGCAGGAUGAUGCUAUAAAUGCUUUUGGUGCUUCUUUCCAAGCGGAGAUGGCUGCCUCUAGUGGAUAUGGCGAUUUGAGAGUCUACAUGAAUUAUGGUCGGGAUGAAGGAGAGGAAGUGUGGUACAGCGAGGGAAAAUUACCGAGACUGAAGGCUUUGAAGAGGAAGUAUGAUCCAAUGGAGUUAUUCAGUCACUACAAUCCUGUGAUGAUUUCUGAACAGCAUAAAAAGAGUGUCAAUCAUGGACGCUUAGGAAGCGACCUAAAGUAA